AUGAACUUAAAGUAUCGAGAUCCAGAAACACUCUCUUCAGAAGAAGAGGUGCACCAAAAUAUUGACACGAGAAGCUAUAGAAAGUUCAUAAAAGAAACACGGCUUCAAAGAUUAAAUGAACUUAAAACCAAAAAACAUCUAAGCCAAGAAGAAACCAAAGAGCUUCAAGAACUGGAAUAUAAGUUCUUACCCGUUGACAGAGAGGUAUCAGAAGAAUCAUUUAGGACAUCCAAGGAUGAUACAGAGGCUGAUUAUACAGACGAUUUAAUAUGGAUAUUGCAUAAUAACACCGUAAGGGAUUUCAUUGACUAUAUGGAUAAGAAAAUAAUCAGUCUUGAGGCUUUUGAAGAGUUGGUAUAUUUAAAUAUUAGUGAAAUGAUCAAGAUUGGAAACGAUGAAAUGGGCUUUGAAUUUUGUAAGAUUGGGUUGAUGGCACGGUGGGCAAGAGAAUUUGGGAGGUGCUAUCUUCUCAAGUUUGAGGAUGAUGAAGAAAGGUUUAACGAAAUUGUUGAAGAACAUUACAAAACUUCAAAAAGUGUAAUUUUGAACAUGCGAAAUGAUGACGUAUAA